AUGGAGGAAUCCAUUGCGAGCGUAGGCAGAGAUGAGGAGGUUCCAAGAGAAGGUGUUGGGCAGCCGGAGACUGUCGAAAACAUUGCGGGAACACUCGGGAUGCCCGCAUUUGCCAUAUGUUUCGAUGAGGAGAUUUCCCAGAUAGAGGCUCCCGCUCGAUUCCUUUGCUCGCUCCCAUUGCCUGUGGAGCUGCCUGGCCUGAUCCAAAUCUCGACACGAUCUAAUCGCAGAGUUACCGUCAGUGUCAAGUGGCAGAAGGAGCUGUUCCCCUCUGUGGAGAUCGACACGGAGCAACCGCCCUACGUUUUCAAAUGCCAGCUCUUCGAUCUCACCGGAGUUCCUCCAGACAGGCAGAAGAUCAUGGUCAAGGGCGGCCUGCUCAAGGACGAUGGAGAUUGGAGCAAGCUUGCUGUGAAGGAGGGACAGCGAUUGAUGAUGAUGGGAACUGCCGAAGAAGCUCCCAAAGCUCCGGAAAAGAGCACACUGUUUGUGGAAGAUUUGCCCGAGAACGAGCAAGGAGUGAUCGAACAGGGAUUCACAGCAGGAUUGAUGAACCUGGGCAAUACGUGCUACAUGAACUCAACCAUUCAGUGCCUCCAUUCCGUUCCGGAGCUAAGAUCCGCUCUGAAAAGCUACUCCGCGGGAGCGGGGACUGACAUGGACCCGUCAUCACACACUCUAACGCUUGCGGCGCGUGACCUCUUUGGCGAGCUUGACAGCAGCCACAGGGCCGUGGCUCCUCUCCGCUUCUGGACGCUGUUGCGAAGCAAGUUUCCACAGUUCGCUCAACAAGCCAACAAUGGAGCUUACAUGCAGCAGGAUGCGGAAGAAUGCUGGACGCAACUCGUGUAUACACUUUCUCAGCGUUUGCGGCCAUCUUCUGGAGAGACCAGGGAGGCGACACUAAAGAAUCUGUUUGGUGUAGACAUCUCAAGCAGAAUCAAGUGCGCUGAAACUGAAGAGGAGACCGAAGAAGCUGAAACUGUCUACUCUUUAAAGUGCCACAUUUCACAGGACGUCAAUCAUCUUAACGAAGGCUUGAAACAGGGGCUAAAAUCCGAGCUCGAGAAAACGUCGCCUUCUUUGGGUAGAUCUGCAGUUCACAGCAAGGAAUCCGUUAUCACGCGUCUUCCUCAAUACUUGACUGUGCAGUUUGUUCGUUUCUUCUGGAAACGGGAAACGAAACAGAAAGCAAAGAUCUUGAGGAAAGUCGAUUAUCCAUUAGUUUUGGAUGUCAUGGGUUUUUGCUCGGAGGAAUUAAAAAAUGAACUGAAGGCACCACGCGAGCUUUUGAGAGAACAAGAGGACAGAGAAGCUGGACUUAAAGGUAAGAGAAAGAUUGAAGAUGGACCAGCGCCUUCGUCUAUGGAUUGGUCUACCACUGAGCAAGGGAGUCCAACAGGUGAGAAGGGGGUGAAAAUCAAAGGAAUUGCUCACAAGAAUUAUUUACUGUCAGGCAUAUACGACUUGGUGGCUGUUUUGACGCACAAGGGACGGAGUGCCGACUCGGGGCACUAUGUGGCUUGGGUCAAACAAGAAAAUGGGAAAUGGAUCGAGUUUGACGACGAUCGCCCAAUUCCACAACGGGAGGAAGACAUUACAAAACUCUCUGGAGGAGGGGACUGGCACACAGCCUACAUUUGUUUGUACAAGUCGAGAGUCCCCAAGAAAGAGUGAUCGAUCAAUGGACACGGACUGUAUUUUCCUUCUUUCUUUUUCAUUUUAGCCUGACUUUUGUUUUU